AUGGGGGAGAAAGACUCAACGACUGUUCGUCAACGAUAUGUUGAUAAAGAUAAAAAAGCCAUGAGCGAUGACAGUGAUUUGGAUCAGAUGUUGCAAGAUGAAGAGAGUGAUUCUCCACGUGAAGCUGGAAAAGAUAAGUCGAUAGACAAAUUGACAGAAAUGAUUCCACAAGAUUCAGGGAGUAUGGGAGCUUUUGUAGAUUCGCUUUUGGAUACCUUGCCACCAAGGUGGAAGAAUUGGAUUGUACGGGGGGUCUUCACCAUAAUCAUGGUAUCUUGCUUCACUUUCAUAGUCAAUCGAGGAUUAACAUGGCUAAUGGGAUUGGUAUUCAUCAUUCAAAUUAAGUGUUUCCAAGAAAUUAUAAGCAUUGGUUUGAUCGUUUAUCGUCUUUACGAUUUUCCAUGGUUUAGAGCAUUAUCAUGGUACUUCUUGUUGACUAGCAACUAUUUCUUCUUCGGAGAGAGUCUUAUUGAUUACUGGGCUAUCCUUUUAAGGAAAGAUAAUUUCCUGCAAUUCCUCGUCUCUUAUCAUAGAUUGAUUAGCUUUGCUCUAUACUGUAUAGGCUUCGUAUCUUUCGUUUUGUCUCUGCGUAAAGGAUAUUAUAUGAGGCAGUUUUCUUUGUUUGCUUGGACUCAUAUUAGCUUGCUUCUCAUUGUGAGUCAGUCAUUCUUGAUCAUUAAGAACAUUUUCCAAGGACUCAUAUGGUUUUUGGCUCCUGUAACAAUGAUUAUCUGUUGUGAUGUCAUGUCUUACAUGUUCGGAUUUUUCUGGGGUAAAACUCCUUUGAUUAAACUAUCUCCUAAAAAGACUUGGGAAGGAUUCAUUGGAGGAGCUGUGAGUACAGUUCUUUUUGGAAUCUUGCUCUCGUAUGCUCUUAGUUCUCGUCCUUUCUUCGUUUGCCCAGUUGAAGAUUAUUAUAUUGACAAUACAAACUGUACUAUACCCUCUUCGUUCCAACUACAAGUAUUCGACAUUCCUCGUCCAUUUUCAUGGAUUUUCAAAGUACUCAGGAUGGCACCUCAAAUCUCUUUUACACCUUUCAUGGUUCAUUCCAUUGUUAUGGCUUUGUUUGCUAGUUUGUUGGGACCUUUUGGAGGAUUUUUCGCUAGUGGUUUCAAGAGAGCUUUCAAAAUAAAGGAUUUCGGGGAUGUUAUUCCUGGACAUGGAGGAUUGAUGGAUAGAUUCGAUUGCCAACUUCUCAUGGGAACUUUCGUGAAUGUAUAUAUUCAUUCCUUCAUAAGAAAUCCUGUGCCUGGACGUCUAGUCAGUCAAGUUUUGAUGCUACGAACUGAAGAGCAAUUAGAUGUAUUCCAUACUCUACAAGAUGAACUUUUAAAAGCUGGACUACUCUGA